AUGGAUAUUUCCAUUCUUGGGUGUCAUAUAAAUCGUAGUAUAAGUGCACCAAUACAUAAUAAAACCAACCAGUCACUACAACCACGAGCAACACCUGUUGCCGGAUAUUUUUCACAAGCAAUAGAUAUAAUUGCAAUAUUACAUGUUUUUUCUACUUAUCUUCGAUGUAAACAAAUAGAAUAUUAUAUUAAACGUGUUAUACCUGAAUCAAAAAAUCUUAAUGUAAACAAUCCGGAAACAAUUAAAAUUUUACAUCAAAAAAAUUAUCAAACAUUUAUUUAUGCUAUUUUAAGUGGAAUUGGUUUUAAUUCAAUGGGAAAUUUUGGUAGUUUUCAACAUCUUGGUGAACAUGGUAUAGGUGCUACGUUAAUGUUUUUAACAAUACCAUUUUUAUUUGCACAGAAAUAUAUUGCCGAAAAACUUUAUGAAUGUGAUCAAAUUGAAAGUCGUCCAAUAUCGAUGACAAUCGUAACAUAUAUUGUUUCAAUUGGUUGGCCAUUAAUAUCAACAAUAUUUGUUUGUUCAUUAUUAAUACAUAGUUCAUUAAUGGAUUGGUUUAAUCAGGAUUUACGUUUAAAUUUUCCAAAUGAUUCACCUGCAUUUUAUUUGUAUCGUUUUGCUAUUAUACUUGAAUGGUUAGUUAUUAUGAGCUAUACAAUUAUGUUUUUUAUAAUAACUAAACGUAUGAAAUUAUUUAAACAUUGGAAUCGUAUUGUUUAUUAA